GAAAGAAAAGAGCACAAUAAGAAAUCUCACCACAGAACAAAAACCAUGAGAACUGAUCUUCUUAUCAGCAUUCUCUUAAUUCUAUCAUCCCUUACCCAAUCCACCUUCUCCAAAUCCCCAGAUGACGCAAAAAACCGAAGAAUUCUGCAUCAGCCCUUAUUCCCAGCCAGCUCAACCCCCCCACCACCAUCCCCACCACCACCUGCUGGGCCCGACACUCUCAACCCAGACCAGCCAUUCUUCCAUGAGCUCCCUAACGGGCCCACCACAGAUCAGGCCCAACAACCACCGUCACCCAGCACCACCACCACCACGCCAGUGGCCAAUUCAGUCACCACUCCCACAUCACACCCCGCCAAAAAAGUCACAAUUGCCGUAGCAUCAGGAGUUCUCUCACUGGCCCUCAUAUCCGCACUCGCCUUUUACCUCUACAGGCAGAGGUCGAAAAAAAAUCCGGACGAGUCCCAGAAGCCCUUCGGUCCAAAUUCACAAGAAUCGAGAAUUCCACCAGCCAACUUCCUCUACAUUGGGACUGUCGAGCCAUCCGCACAAAGCAUAGCAAGCGAGACCAACGGCGAAAACGACUCACCUUACAGAAAACUGAACCCCGGGAAAAGAUCCGAAAGGUACCGGCCCAGCCCUGAGCUGCAGCCGCUGCCGCCACUGCCAAAGCCGCCGCCGGCAGCAGCCAUAAGCUCGCCGCCGCCAAUGUCUUCGUCGGAUGAAGAGAGCCACGACACGAAUUUCUACACCCCGCAAGGGUCGAGCAUGAGCAACGAGUCACCCGGGUCGCGACACAAUUACGCAAAUAACCUCAUCACACAAAUAAACCAGGUAAAUGGCCGUGUGCCCCAUUCGAAGAGAACUUCACCAAGAUCACGGCUUUCUGCUUCGUCCCGAGAGGCAAAGCCUAUGAUAAUACCGUCGAUCAGACAACAGCCGAUGACAGAGGCAGUAUCCCCAUUGGACAAAAUGUUAACUUAUACUCAGAAAAGACCCAAAUUCGCAGGGCCACCUCCUCCGCCUGAUAUGGCAAGGCUCCAAUCUAUUAGCAAUGAAAAUCAACCGGCACAGAAGAUCUCAAUGCCUCCUCCUCCUCCUCCUCCUCCGCCGCCGCCGCCGCUGGCGGCGGCAGUGGCGGCGGCAAAGCAGACAAUCCCGAGAAAAUUCGGAGCUGUGGAGCCGAAUACACCUUCGCCAGUUUCGAAAAAAGUGACGAGGCCAGAGUCGAUGAGUCCGAGUUCCAAGGAAAGUUCAGGGACUGAGAACAUAGUAAUCCCCAGUUGUGGUGAGGCUUAUAAAGGAGACAGGGAGGAUAAAGAUGGAUCGAGGCCUAAACUGAAGCCUUUGCACUGGGACAAAGUACGGGCUACAUCAGAACGAGCUACGGUUUGGGACCGCCUGAAGUCAAGCUCCUUCCAGUUGAAUGAGGAUGCUAUGGAGUCGCUAUUCAGCUGUAAUUCCACAAUUUCAGUUACUAAAGAAACAGGAAAUAGAAAGUCGGCUUUGCCUGCUUUGGAGCAGGAGAAUAGAGUGUUGGAUCCAAAGAAAUCGCAGAACAUUGCUAUAUUGAUACGUGCGUUAAAUGUGACGAGAGAAGAGGUUUCUGAAGCGCUUUUAGAUGGAAAUCCCGAGGCAUUGGGUCCAGAACUUUUGGAGACUCUAGUGAAGAUGGCACCAACCAAGGAGGAGGAGAUAAAACUCAAAGAUUACAUUGGCGACGUCUCAAAACUAGGAUCAGCAGAGAGAUUCCUCAAGGGAAUACUAGAUAUCCCAUGUGCCUUCAAAAGAGUGGAGGCCAUGCUGUACAGAGCAAACUUCGACACGGAAGUCUUGUACUUGAGAAAGUCUUUCCAAACUCUCGAGGAAGCUAGUGAAGAACUGAAGAACAGCCGCCUGUUCCUUAAACUCCUAGAAGCUGUUCUAAGAACAGGCAACCGCAUGAAUGUCGGUACCAAUCGAGGAGACGCCAGAGCUUUCAAACUGGACACGUUGUUGAAACUAGCCGAUGUAAAGGGGGCAGAUGGAAAAACGACCUUACUCCAUUUUGUGGUCCAAGAGAUUAUCCGGUCAGAAGGAUCACAUCCCAAUCCCACACCAAAAACUCUUCCGGAUAAAGCCAAUUUUGAAUUCAAAGAAGAAGAAUUCAGAAAGCAAGGUCUGCAGGUGGUGUCCGGGCUAAGCAAAGAGCUCGGCAGUGUAAAAAAAGCAGCGGGAAUGGAUGCAGACGUUUUGAGCGGCUACGUAUUGAAGCUCGAGACAGGACUCGACAAGGUCAGAUGGAUUAUGCAGCACGAGAGACAAGGGUUACAAGGGAAAUUCUUUGAUUGUAUGAAAGAUUUUCUUAAAGAAGCUGCCGUGGAAAUUGCGAGAAUCAAGGCGGAGGAAAGAAAAGCUCUGUUGCAGGUGAAGCAUGUGACGGAGUAUUUUCAUGGGGAUGCCGCAAAAGAAGAGGCUCAUCCUUUGAGGAUUUUCUUGAUUGUAAGAGAUUUUCUUGGUAUACUGGAUAACGUGUGCAAAGAUGUGGGGAGUAUGCAGGCAGGGGCAACAGUUGGGGCCGGUCGAUCAUUCAGGAUGCCCGUGAAUGCAUCUCUACCAGUGCUUAGUAGAUACAAUGCACACCAUGAAGGAGAUUCUGAUGAUGAUUGAUGGUUGAUGAUAGCAUGUAGGGGUAGUUACGGAAAAGACUUCUGAGGUUUAGCUGAGUACAAGGAAACUUCACCUCUCUUUCACAACUACAAGUACUCGAAAACAAUAAAAAAAACCACCUUGAGGAAUAUGGAUGCCUAGUUAAAUAUCUCCAUCUUGAGAUAUCAAGGAAAAAGAUGUCAAUAGGGUAUUUGAAAUUUGAAAGAUAACUGGGUUAUUUUUGUUAAUUAGGCUAAACCUCGUGAGUUUUAUUUCGUAACUAUGCCCACCAUGUAGUCAUGGCAUACGCGAAAGUGACAAGUGAUGGCAACAUGUUCAAGAGAUGUCAACAGACCACAAUAAUGAUAAAGUGAGAAACAGAGUAUCCAGAAUGAACAUCUUGUACAGCCCAACCGCCACUUUCCAUUUCCAAGCUCCAAACUACAGUUCAUGAGAUAUGGAUAUGCAAGGACACCUCAAAUCUAUUGCUGAGGAAACAAACUGGAUGUUUCGAAAUUUUGAACAUUGCAUCGCAUAAUAUCUAGCAAGAAGCCCUAAUUAUUUUCGUUCAUUUUUUUAUUCUUAAUAUUCAGCCAUAGAUGAAACAAUCUCCCUUCCAUUUGUAUACAUACUAUCCUGAAAAAUGGAGUUUCAAUCCCAGUUUAUUCUCAACAAGAAAUAAUAUAUCCUAAUUUGCUCGUUGAUAUCAAAUAUUGGAAAUCAUUCAUCUGAUAUGUUAUAUCAAAUUGAACUAGCUAGUAAGUAAGAUCAACAGCACUCACUUGAAAACUGUUAGGCGAGAGUAGAAAGCACGAGCUCCAGGUGAAUGUGAAAAUUCCGCAACAAAGAGCUACAAAGAUGCACCGCGAAAGCUGAAUGUUUGAAAGAUUAGAGGAUUUGGGGAUGAUCAGUGGAUAGAAUUUCCGGCGCGAGGAAGAAGGUUUAAUGGCGGGAUAUUUUCAGGGACGAAGUUCUAUUUUUC